ACAUUCAUUCAAAGUUAAAAAUCGAACAGAAAAAUUUCAAGAAUGCCGCAGCUCUCGGUUCCCCAUACUAACUGGAAAUUAUACAGGCUCAUCACCGGCAAUGGAUUAGAAGUGAGAUCUCUCGCGUUCGGUCCCAAUAAUUCUUGGUUCUGUGCAGGCUCCGAGGACGGCUCCAUCAGAAUAAUCGACCUGGCAAGCGGCAGGAUCAAGCUGACACUCACAGGACAUAUCGGACAAGUACGAGGUGUUGCGGUUAGUUCAAGACCUAAUUACAUGUACUCUGCCGGAUUAGACGGACAGGUAAAAUGCUGGGAUCUUGAACAGAAUAAAGUAAUUCGGAAUUACGACGGUCAUCUUUCCGGUAUCUAUUGCUUGUCUCUCCUUCGUGACGAUAAUUAUUUAAUCACCGGCGGCCGUGAUUGUGUUUCCAGGGUUUGGGAUGUCCGUACAAGAAAUCAAGAACUUGUUCUGUCAGGACAUACAGGUACAGUUUGUUCAGUUCUGACUCGCGGGUCGGAUCCUGAAGUGGUCACGGGUUCGAACGAUUCAACAAUCAAGUUUUGGGAUCUGAGAUACGGUAAAAGUGAUUUUUUAACUCUGACCCAUCACAAGAAAACGGUUCGUGCAUUGGCAUUGAAUCUGACAGAAAAAGAUUGUUUUGUCUCUGCAUCAAACGAAAUCAAGAAAUUUAGCUUUCCGAAUGGAGAAUUUUUACAAAAUAUUGUUCCUGAACCGGAAGCUAUAACUAAUGCAAUUGAUAUUAGUAAUGAUGGUGUCAUGGCUUCAGGAUCACAUGAUGGGAGUUUGAAUUUGUGGGAUUGGAGAAGUGGUGUUAAUUUUCAGAAGAUGCCCGGUUUGUUGGAUUCUGAAGCGGGUAUUUGUACUUUAUCUUUCGACAGGAUGGGUUCGAGGCUUAUUGUUUGUGGAACUGAUAGAAUGAUUCAGAUGUGGAAACCUGAUCCGGAGAUUUGACUGUUAUAAAUUGACUUAGUUUUUUAUGUGGUCUGUUUAUUCUUU